AUGAAAAUAAGUGAUCCUUUAUUGGAGUACCAAGAAGUAUAAACCCAUAAAGAUGAUUGGCUUUACACAAAAAUUUCAAAAAUGAUUAGAUUGAUUAAUAAUAAUAGAGAAUAAUUAUAAAAUUAAUCAUUAUAGGAAUAUUGUGUUAAAAUAAGUGAUUCAAACUACAUACUUAAGUAGUACUCUAAGUAUAUUCUUAUUAAAUAUGUUAGUAUUGAUAAAAAAACUAUAUACUCAAAAAUAAAACAAAUUUUAGUAAAGAAUUUUGAUAAAUCUAGAUAACAAACUCGAUUUUUAUUUUUAUCCAACAAAUAUUUGCCUCUAUCCUAUAAUUAGCAAAUAUCGUAAUGUUAGAUUUAUUUACAGAUUCGGUAAAAGACGAGAAUAAUUAUUAUAUUUUGUAUUUGAUUUUGCUCUUAAUCUUUUCAUUUUCUAAGUAAUUUAAUAUAUAAGCAAAUAGAACUUAUUUAGUUUCAAUUUAAACUCAUUAAAUAAGUGUAUUUUUAGCUAAACUUGAUGUCUUAUGUAAUUAUGAAUUAUACAAAAAAUUGCUUGCAACCCAUCAACAUGUUAAUGAUUAAAAAAUCCCAAAUAUAAAUGUAAUAAUUAAUUGAAUUUACCUUAGAUCUUAAUUACGAAUGAUAUAGAAUAAAUUAAAUAGCUUCAUUUUUCAUUAAAAGAAGGAACAUUAGCUUGUUGUAUGCUAAUCGGAUGCAUAUUAUUUCUUUAUUAUAAGGAUGUACAUGCAGGAAAUGUUAUUUUAAUAGUAAUUGUUUGUGCAUAAGUUUUCAACUUUUUUGUAACUUUUUUCAUGAUGUAAGCACAAGAACGAAUGUUUUAUAGAAAAGAUUAAAGAAUUAAUUUGACAACUGAUGUAUUGCAUGGUAUUAAAUAAAUAAAAUAUCUUUCUUGGGAAUAAAUAUUUAGUAAUAAAAUAAUGUUCAAAAGAAAAAUAGAAUUUCAAAUGCUGAUAAUUGUUAAAAUAUUUGAUGGUCUUUUAGUAUUAUUUUGGAAUAAUAUAAAUUAUAUUUUGCUUUACUUUUAUAUCUUAAAUAGUAAGGUCAAUUUAAUAGAUUUAAAUGUUUUUACAUUGAUAGCAAUAUUCAAUUCAAUGAUGUAAGAAAUCAAAUUUAAUAUAAUAGUUAUCCUUUAGGAAUAUUGCCAUUUUGUAUUAAUUUUCUACUUAGUGCUAUUGUAUCUAUAAAAAGAGUCAAUACAUAUUUUACUUAAAUGGAUGUUCUUGAUAUUUCAUAAAAUUAAUUAUCUGGGAAUAAUGAAUUUAUUUUGUAAAUUUAAGAAGGAAUUUAUCAGUUAAGUGAAGACUUUAGUUUACAGAUUUCAAAUUUAUUAAUAAAGAAGCAAAGUCUAAAUUUUAUUGUAGGUCCUUUAGGAUCAGGAAAAAGUACUCUUUUUAAUGCAAUAUUAAAUGAAUUAUAAAAUAUAAAGGAGAAAUAAAAAUAAAUAGGAGGAUCUAUAUCAUUUUGUUCAUAGAGUAGUUGGAUAUAAAAUUAAACAAUUCGAUAAAAUAUAUGUUUUGGGUCAGAAUAUAAUUAAUAAUUAUUUACAAAAGUUGUUGAAUUAUGUUAAUUGAAGGAGGAUAUACAAAAAUUAGAAAAUUUUGAUUAAUAUUUAGUAGGUCCUGACGGAAACAAUUUAAGUGGUGGUUAAAAAUAAAGAAUAGCAUUAGCAAGGGCUGUUUAUUAAGAUUCUGAUAUAUAUCUAUUUGAUGAUAUUUUUUCUUCUUUAGAUAUACCUGUUGCAGAUUCAAUAUUUUAGAAUCUUAUAUUAAAUUAUUUGAAUAAUAAGACAGUAUUAUUUAUUACAUCUAACUAACACUUUAUCAAUAAAAUUCCAAAGAAUGCAAAUAUAAUAUUUAUGGAGAAAGGGUAGAUAACAGAACAAAAUAUUAGUGAAUCUUCUCUUAUUAGAAAACUAAGUAAAAAGUCUGAUGAUUUAAAUAUUGAAGAUGAAUAAAAUGAAAAAAAAGAUGAAAAUAAUGAUUAAGUAUAAGAAUUAGAGGAAAGAGAAGUAGGAGAGGUAGAUAUUAAAGUAUGGUUAUAUUACUUUUCUUCAAUGGCAUGGCCAUUAGUAUUAUUAUAUUUUAUAUUUAAUUUCUCAUUAUAAGGUGCUUGUUCAUAUAUUGAUUUUUGGUUGAAAAAUGAGAAUUUUGAUAAUGAUUUUUCUAAAAAAUUUACAUAACUUUUAUUAAUAGCUUUAAGUGUUACAGUAUUUAGAGCUUUAUUUUAUGUUUUAGUUUCAUUAAGAUCUUCAUGGACGAUUUAUAAAUAAUUAAAUGAUUCAAUAAUGAAAGCGAAAAUGGUUUUUUUUGAUAAAACUAAUGCUGGUAGAAUAAUUAAUAGAUUAUCAGGUGAUAUUGAAACUAUAGAUGGUUUAUUACCAUGGAGUUUUGAUAUAUUUAUGGAAGCUUUAGCAAGAGGUAGUGGAUUUGUAAUUGGAUUAAUUAUUUUAUUUCCAUAUAUAAGUGUUGGUUUAAUAGGAGUAUUUUAUGCUUAUUAUUAUGUUGCUAAUACUUAUAUAAAAACAAAUAGAGAAUUAAAAAGAUUAAAAUAAGUUAAUCAUGCUGAAUUACUUGGAUGGAUUAAUGAAACAUAAAAAGGAUUAAAAACUAUUAGAGCUUAAUAAAAAUAAACAUAUUUCUUUAAUUAUUACUUAGAUAAAUUGAGAAUAUGGAAUUCAUGUGAAUAAAGUAGUUUAAGAGCUAAAUUUUGGUAUUUUGUUAGAUUAAAUUUAACAUGUAAUUUAUUAUUGUUACUAUCUACUGUAAUAAUUUUGAUUAGUAAUGAAAAUUAUGCUAGUAAAGCUUUGGCUUUAACUUAUUCAAUUCUAAUCAUAGAUAAUUUUAAUGAUUUAUUUAAUUUUUACUUAUAAGCUGAAUAGAUGAUAAUAUCUGUUGAAAGAAUUAGAUAAUAUUCUAAAAUACCUCAAGAAGAUAUUCAUAAAAAAAAUUCAUUAAUAAAGACUAUUAAUUUUGAUAAUUCAUGCGAUUUAACAAUUAAACCAAUCGUUGAUUUAUAUACUGAUAUAGAAUUUAAAGAAAUAUGUUUAUCAUAUGAUUAAAUUAAUUAUUAAUUAAAAUCUUUAAACUUAAAAAUAUAAAAAAAUGAGAAAAUAGCAAUAAUAGGAAGAACUGGAUCUGGAAAGACAUCAAUAAUGAAUGUGCUUUUUUAACUUUAUCAAUAAUAAUAAGGUAAUUUGAUUAUUAAGGGAUAAGAUGUAAAUAUGUUAUUAUAUAUUAGGUUUAAUAUUUAUCACUUUAAGAAUUACGUUCUUAGUUAUCUAUUGUACCUUAAUUUGGAUUUCUUUUUGAAGGAACUUUAUAUGAAAAUUUAGACCCAGGAUUAAGUAUAGGUAAAGAAAAAAUAGAUCAUCUUUUAAGUCAAUUCAAAUAAUUGAAAUCUGAUUAAACUAUUGAAUAGGGUGGUAACAAUUUAUCCAAUGGAGAAAAAUAAUUAAUUAAUUAUUUAAGAAUUAUAUUAUAAGAUAAGUCUAUCAUAUGUUUAGAUGAAGCCACUUCAAAUAUAGAUCCUUAAACAGAUAAAGUAAUAUUUAUAAAUUAUUUAGUUACUCCAUGAGUUUUUGUUUAAAUUCACUGAAUAAAAAACACUUAUAGUUAUAACCCAUAGAUUAGAUUACUUAAAUAAAUAUGACAGAGUCAUUUAUUUAGACCAAGGAAGAAUUCUUAAAAUAGAAUCUAUUGGGGAAAACAAAAAUUGAAAUAUUAAUUAUAAUUUAUAUUUAUA